GCCAGGCGGGCGGUGCCAGCAGGGGCCGGGUUUCAGGCGGCCCGGGAGACCCUCCCGCCAAGGGGCGGGGGCUGGACCCGUCGCCGCCUGGGCUCCGCUGCAGGUCCUCCCGGGCUUCCCUCUCCCUCUCGUCCCCCUCCAUCUUCCCUCCUCCUCCUCCUCCUCCUCCUCCUGCCCCCUCCCCACCCCCGCGCUAUGCCAGGCCCGCGGCCGCCCCGGUUAUCCGGGCCCCUGCUCCUCGCUCUGACGGCCUCCCUGGCCGCGGCCGGCGAGGACUGCCUGUGGUAUCUGGACCAGAACGGCUCGUGGCAUCCUGGCUUCGACUGCGAGUUCUACUCGUUCUGCUGCGGCAACUGCUACCAGCGCUUCUGCUGCCACAACGUGGCCAAGCUCAUCACCGAGCGGCAGCAGAAACACUGCCUGGCCUUCAGCCCUAAGACCAUUGCGGGCAUCGCCUCGGCCGUGAUCCUCUUCAUUGCCAUCAUCUGCACGGUCAUCUGCUGCUUCCUCUGCUCCUGCUGCUACCUGUAUCGCCGGCGCCACCAGCUGCACAGCCCCUUCGAAGGCCAGGAGAUCCCCAUGACGGGUUUCCCCGUCCAGCCCGUGUAUCCGUACCAAGCGGAGGACCCCAAAGCCGGCCCCGCACCCCCCCAGCCAGGAUUCGUGUAUCCAGCCGGUGGCCCCCCUGCCCAGUACCCACUGUAUCCAACUGGGCCCCCAGGCUACAACCCAGCAGCUCCUCCACCCUACAUGCCCCCACAGUCCUCUUACCCUGGAGCCUGAGGAGCUGCGACUUCUGACCCCGCCUCCCUGCCGCCGAACUGAACCGCCACCUGCUCCUCAGAGAAGCGGCUUGGGGUUUGGGGGCUGCCCAAACUGGGAUCUGGACUUGGGGGUCUGAGAAGCGGAGCAGGACUGCGGGGUUUGGGGGAGGAGGAAGGGCAGGGGGGGCUGGUCCCAUGAUUCUGGUUGGCCCAGACUGCCCAGGCUAGGGGUGGCUGCCCGGUCAAGGGGAGGCCAGGGAGGAUCUAGGCCAGGGCUGGUCUAUGCGCCAUUCACUCUCCCUUCAGCCACCCGGGGCCAAAGCCAGCCAUUGCCCAGAUUAAACUUGUAAAUAUGG